UCUGGAGGUGCGACCCGGGGAGGGGCCAGGAGCGGGAACGUGCCCGGUGCUGCCCAGUCUUUGUCUGCUGCCUCCGGAUGCACAGCGAUGGGGGAAUGGACCAUCUUGGAGAGGCUGCUGGAAGCCGCGGUGCAGCAGCACUCCACUAUGAUCGGGAGGAUCCUGUUGACUGUGGUGGUGAUCUUCCGGAUCCUCAUUGUGGCCAUUGUGGGGGAGACGGUGUACGAUGAUGAGCAGACCAUGUUUGUGUGCAACACCCUGCAACCCGGCUGUAACCAGGCCUGCUAUGACCGCGCCUUCCCCAUCUCCCACAUACGUUACUGGGUCUUCCAGAUCAUAAUGGUGUGUACCCCCAGUCUUUGCUUCAUCACUUACUCUGUGCAUCAGUCCGCCAAGCAGCGAGAACGCCGGUACUCUACUGUCUUCCUAGCCCUGGACAGAGACCCCCCUGAGUCCAUAGGAGGUCCUGGAGGAACUGGGGGUGGGGGCAGUGGUGGGGGCAAACGAGAAGAUAAGAAGUUGCAAAAUGCUAUUGUCAAUGGGGUGCUGCAGAACACAGAGAACACCAGUAAGGAGACAGAGCCAGAUUGUUUAGAGGUUAAGGAGCUGACUCCACACCCAUCAGGGCUACGCACUGCAUCAAAAUCCAAGCUCAGAAGGCAGGAAGGCAUCUCCCGCUUCUACAUUAUCCAAGUAGUGUUCCGAAAUGCCCUGGAAAUUGGGUUCCUGGUAGGCCAAUAUUUUCUCUAUGGAUUUAGUGUCCCAGGGCUAUAUGAGUGUAACCGCUACCCCUGCAUCAAGGAGGUGGAAUGUUAUGUGUCCCGGCCAACUGAGAAGACUGUCUUCCUAGUGUUCAUGUUUGCUGUAAGUGGCAUCUGUGUUGUGCUCAACCUGGCUGAACUCAACCACCUGGGAUGGCGCAAGAUCAAGCUGGCUGUGCGAGGGGCUCAGGCCAAGAGAAAGUCAAUCUAUGAGAUUCGUAACAAGGACCUGCCCAGGGUCAGUGUUCCCAAUUUUGGCAGGACUCAGUCCAGUGACUCUGCCUAUGUGUGAGAGGGAAGUUUUCACGAAGGUCUGGGGGAUAGCAAGGAGCCCCAAGGCAGAUGACUGCUCAGAGGUGGCUGUAUCCACCCUCAUUUAUGUGACUCUCACCAUUAAGAUGUAGGAUAAGACUGGAUAAAAGAAGAUUUUGCAUCAAUGGGAGAGGAGGAAAAGUGGAACCAUUUUCACAUAUCACCUAAUUGGUUCCACAGAGACAACUGGGUCAAGUGAUGAAAUGGAUGAAUUGGACUUCUUUGGGCCCUUUCUGUUUAUGGCCCAAGCCUAAUCCUGAUAACACUGAACUUGCACAGCUACCAAGUAGGACUUAGCCCUGCUGAGCUCUUUAUUCUGGUGAAUGAUGUGAGUUGAGUACUUCAUUGAUAUAAAAUUUGUGACCUAUCUCAACACGUCCCUUUAUCCUGAGCCAUGGGACAAACAUCCUUGAGGCACCCUUCAUGUAUCUCCCCCACCAGCAUGCCCCUUUUCCUCAAUCCAGAAUAGCAUGCCAGCUGUUUUUUUCAGAAUCUGGCCUUACAUUAGACCUAAUAUUGUUUAUUUGCAAACUUAGAGGGAAUUACAUGGGGUGCUUACAGGAGAAUGGCCAUGGCAGAGGUUUUCAUUACAGCCCCAUCUCACUGGCCCUUAGUCAUGAUGAAAACCUUAGGAAUGUCUCAAUCUUUCCAAUUUUCUAACUCAAACUGCACUGGUGCUGUUUAUUAGGGAUGGGG